UGGAGUCCAAGGACUGGAACGGGAGCAGGUCCUCCGGCUCAAAGGCUGGUCAGUCUCGAGAGCAGGGGCAGCAGCGCUGAACUCGAGGAGCAGCUAGAAGGCCACCUGAUUCAGAAGCACACCCUCUGCCGUUGCUGCUGCUGCUGCUGGUCCGAUUUCCACCUCAGGAAGGUUUCCCACCUCCCUUCCCGGAUCCCUGGGCUGCCUGCUGUGGAAUGUUAUGGUGCUGGUCCCUCUCCAACCCCUCUGGACUGGUCCUGUGCCGGUGACUCGACCUCCUGCCUGUUGAGGCGGUGACUGCUUCCCCCGCUGCAUGAGCACCAGGCUCCGGGAUUCAUCGAGACGGAAUCGAAAGCCAGCCCGGGCGGAGGGGGAGAAGGGCUUUGGGCAUAGUGAAGGGGAUCGCUGUUACCCGGGAGGGUGGAGAUGGAUCUUCUGCAGAGGUUUCUGCUCCUCGUGGCAGCGAUGCUUCGGGUGACAGCGCGAGGCAGUAUCACGGCACCAAGGCUGACAAUGGACCCUCCAUGGGAGAGAUUCUUGACUGGUGACCAGAUCGUUCUCAAAUGCAAUGCUGGGAAAAACCUCCACUCCAUGAAAUAUAUAUGGAAUAUAAAUAAUCAGGGUGACAUAAAUGGGGAUGAAAAUUAUAUCAUUGAGUCAGCUGCAGUGAACGAUUCUGGAGUUUACAAAUGUAAAAUCAAAUCAUCAACAUCUAUGGAGAAGACAACUUACAGUAACACUGUUCACCUGAACAUCACAGAACCAGAUUUGACGACCAUUGAGGCUGUUCCGGAGACUUUAUGGGUCAACCAAAGACUAUCUUUGAGGUGCAAUUUCACCUACGCAUUAGCAGGCGAAUUUAUUUACACGCUUUACCGGGAAGGGUCUAAAUUCACUGAGAUACGGUCCAACAAUAAAAGUGUUACAACUCAAAUCGAGCAUGUUACUUUGAAGGAUAGAGGAUGGUAUCGCUGUCAAGCAGGCUUUGUUGAAUAUCCCAAUGCACCCAUAUAUUCAUCAGCUCACAAGCUGGUGAAGAUUCAAGAGGGACCGGUGCGUCUGUCUGUGAACCCUGAAGGGCCGAAGGAGGGCGAUAAUGUAACACUGACGUGUAACUGCGCAGAUCCCCGGGUGUGUCGGGAUGGUGAAUACUCGUUCCUCAGGAAUGGCGUCAUUGUCAAUUCAGACUCCGCCGCUCCCGAGGUCUAUCGAAUCGAGAGAGCCACCGUGAAGGAUUCUGGAAGCUACUGUUGCGUCGUUCUCAGUAACCGUUUGAAAUACCCGGCCCAAAGUGUGCAGAUCACCGUCAAGAUCCCAGUAAGCUGUCCAACCCUCACCUCAGAUCCCAAUAGCUCCUGGGUUGCUCUUGGAAGCUGGGUCAUGAUGGAGUGCUGGUCCCACAGAGGCACACCACCCAUCCGUUACCACCUCUAUCGGGACCAGCAUCUGGUCAACACGACAGUCACUGACGCUGGACCAGGGACCUUCAGCUUUGCUGCGCAGUCCGAGGGGGACAGUGGUGUGUACUCCUGCUCUGCCUCCAAUGGGAUGACUGCCGUUUCCAACUGCAGCGAGACGUUGGCGCUAACUGUCGCAGUCCCAGUCAGCUGUCCAGCUCUCACCUCCGAUCGGGGUAAUUCGUCCGUCAGCGUGGGAGACAGGGUGAGCUUGGCGUGCAAGUCCCACAGAGGAACACCACCCAUCCGAUACCUCCUCUACCGUAACGGGGAGCGACUCACCAGCGAGAAGGAUGGUGGCUCUGGGACAGGGGCCUUCAAGGUGAAUGUGGAGUCUGAAGGGGACGCAGGGCUGUACACCUGCGGUGCAGAAAAUAGGGUCAACCACAUUGCCAAGUGCGGAGAGGGACUGGAACUCACCUUCACAGUUCUCUCAGAGGGCCCCCCGUAUCUGCUGAUCUCUGUGGCAACGACAGUUUCUCUCUUCGUCGUGGUGCUGAUUCUGCUCAUCGUCUGCAAGACCCAGAGGCAAAAGAAAGGGAACCAAGAUGAUGGCUGCCAGACUGGGACAGGAAGGAGCUCCCCGCUUCAGCACAGUCGCACACCUGCUGAAAAUCCCACCUCCCCUGGUCAUGAAAUAGUUUACGCUGAAGUCCAAAUGAUGAGGAAGACAGAUGGCCACGGUACCAACAGAGCAAGAAAACACCCAGGAGAGGCCGGUUACCAGGUCACUUACGCAACUGUCAACCACCUCCAGAUGGAGAGAACUCGCCAGCAUGUCUCUCGAAGAGAGGCCGAGGAACCACCUGAGGGGGAUUUAAGCAUCUACCAGAACUUCCGGAGGGCAUAGCUGGCGAGUGUGCCCUGCCAUUCCUGCCGGGGGGUGGGGGGUGGUGGGGGUUAAAGGAGAAACAAGACCUGCUCAUGGCCAAAGGGGGCUGGGGAGGAGGAGCUCAUUCUCCAACCAGUGCAAAGCGCUGAACUCUUCAUAUCCCAACAUCUUAAACAAAAAGGCACGACUGGGAUCUUCCUGUGUACGGCUCUCUACACCCAGGAGCUGCUUCGUGGAGCUGAUCCUUCACCCGAGAGAGCAAAGCACCCAUCCCGCUUGGCUGGAGGAACUCUUUGCCCCCUUUUGUGGGCUCUGGGAGACAGAAUGAUCCACUUCGAGCUGAGACCCACCCAGCUCCGCAGAAGGUGUAGGGAGGGCGAUAGAAACCAGGCAAGGGUCAGCGGAGAGACAUCCUUCACCCAACCAGCUCCUCCUUCACCAGAACAUUCCCCUUUCUAAUGAAGAAACAAUAAGGGCAGCCAGCUCCUGACCGGACACUUCACAUUGGAAGCUUGAGCAUCACUCAGACUCUCUUGCCUGAGAUAGGACACUGUGGACAUUGGGAGGAGACACAUUGGAACCAUUGGCUUAUUCCUUGCCCCUGUAGGCAGCGCACAUUUCCAUGCCGAGGGACAUUUCGUGGGCAAGGUCUUGAUGUAGGCUGUAAACAAACAGGAAUGAUAAACUCUACUGGACUGGGUACACAGUGUCCACAUUGCUUAACUAACUGGCAGGCCUAUGGCUAAAAUGAUGCAUUCCAAUUAUUCUUCAACUUGACAA